CGUCCGAUGUAUCACUUACCGAGGCAAUUCUAAUUGAAUUCCAAGUGGUUCGGCAAACGUAACAACGAAUCACGCCCGCGAUCCUGCGCAACCAUUGCCGGGACGUUUCUAGAAAUUCCUUCGCGCUACUGAUUCGCGCUGUGUGUGGCCGUCGGUUGACAAUGUUGAAAGAAGAACACGUUGCGCGCGAGGAAUGCAAAAUAAAUGACCGAUUGUUUGGGCGAAAAUUGUUGCGGCGAAUCUCUGUGUAUCGAUUUAAAUAUGAGUACGUGGCGUGACCAAGAGACGCAUUCCUAUUCAAGAUCUUGAUCGUUUGUUUCGAACGCGAGAUCGAGGAGGAUUUAUUUACUCAACACCACGUGUCGUUUGUGUACGUGCGAUACGUUAUUUAGAUAGACGCGUGAAUAUCGAUCAUCAUCGACGAAUAAUUUAAACUCGAUGGCGCAGCCAGGAUAUCUUGAUCGUAAUUUAACUUGGACGCGACGUAACGCUAUAAUUACUCUUAUUGGAAUUUCUAAUUAUCUCUGAUUGAAUCGCCAUUUAUCGCAAAAUCAAAUUCAUCGUAAUCGGUUUAUCUGCUCGAAUCCGUUGAUUCGAUGAAAAGAAAGAAAAAAUGGAUGGAAUUGGAUUAGAGUAUCGCGAAAUUUUAUAAAUCUUAUCCCGUGAAAGAUAAGAGGAAUGAUCGAUGAAAAAAGCUGGAUUGAUGUAAAACUGAUUUUCGAAUAUAUAUCGUCUUUUUAUUUCGAAAAAGAAGAGAAGGGGUGGUUCGGAAGGGCGCAUCCUCGGAUAAAAUUGCACGUCUCGGGCGUGGAAAGUGAAGAAAGGGUAGACAAAACGAUGCAUCCGUGUUUUGCGACUGCGUGGAGGGAGCGCGGAACCUCCGCAAAUCCAAGUUUCGCUUCAGUUUACGGCGCGCUGUCGAUUUCGCCGAAUUGAUAUCUAGUGGUAGCGAUGAACUGAAACUAUUUUAACCGUGAAUCAUCUACCUCUUCUCUUGUGACGAAAUUUCUGUGGCGAACGGUGGCCGCUCGUUGAAAAAGGAAACGCGCAUACCUCGUGCGUUUUAUGUCGUAAUAUGUCGGCGACAGUUUUAGUUUUUCGCGCUUUAUCCUAGCGAUAAAUUUCCUCGCGGAAAAAUUCUAUUCGUUGCUUAUGUCGAUUUAAAUUUAAAUGCAUCUUGUUCCAUCGAGAUCGAGGGGAGGAGUCGAAAGGAAGGGACGAGUGAAUGGCGCGCGAAUGGCGUGCAUCGUACACUUUGCCAGGCAAAGUAUGAAGAUCGGCUGAGACACGAGGAAUUUGAACACUCGCGUGUACACGGCGAGUUGGAACGGGAUCGUUUCGAAAAGGCGAAACUUUCAGCGGCUCGUCGCGGAGGAAAAGCGAGGAAGGCGGAGUGAAAGAUGGCAGUGAUCCUGAAUGCAACGACCCUUUCCAUGCAAGGAAACGAGGAUGAGGAGGACGAUAGUUACGUUCCAUACGACCAGCGGCCUGAAACUUACAUAGUACCCGUUGUAUUCUUAUUAAUCUUGGUAGUCGGCGUAAUUGGAAAUGGGAUCCUUGUGUUCACCCUCGUCUGUCACGCCAGUAUGAGAAAUGUGCCGAAUACCUACGUCUUAUCCCUGGCUUUGGGCGAUCUCUUGGUGAUCGUAACGUGCGUACCGUUCACGUCGCUUCUGUACACGAUUGAGUCAUGGCCGUGGGGCCUGGCAGUUUGCAAAUUAUCGGAGUGCGCCAAGGAUAUUUCGAUCGGUGUCUCAGUUUUCACUCUGACCGCGUUAUCAGCCGAGAGGUACUGUGCCAUCGUGAAUCCCAUUCGCCGCCAUGUAGCCGGGCUCAGUGCAAAACCAUUAACGAUAUUAACAGCCUGCCUUAUUUGGGUGCUGGCAAUUGUUUUGGCGAUGCCAGCUGCCUUUUUCUCUUACGUGCCCACCGUACCGUUACAGAGUAAUCAUUCUAUCCUGAUCUGUAGUCCCUUCCCCGAGGAAUUCGGACAGAGCUAUCAAAAGGGGAUGGUGAUGUUCAAGUUCCUCGCUUACUAUGCGAUACCUUUGCUAGUGAUAACUGGAUUCUAUCUGGGGAUGGCACGACAUCUCGAACUCUCCACCAGGAAUAUGCCAGGCGAAUUGUCCACCGGGUGUCAUCGUAUGGAACAAAUUAAAGCACGUAAGAAGGUCGGCAAGAUGGUGAUAGCAUUCGUAGUUAUCUUCUUUAUUUGCUUCCUGCCACAUCACGUGUUCAUGCUAUGGUUCCACUUUUGCCCAUCGUCCAAGCAAGACUACGACGAUUUCUGGCACGUCUUCAGGAUCCUUGGCUUCUGCCUGAGCUUCAUCAACAGCUGCGUCAAUCCGAUUGCACUUUACUUUAUCAGCGGGACUUUUCGCAAGAGAUUCAACAAAUAUCUUUGUUGUUGUCUACCGAGAAGGAGUCGAAGAAUAUGUCGAACGGAGACGACAGAUAGUUCGGACAGGAACAGUAAUCGGGGAAUAAAUUUCUCGCAAAGGAGACGCGUGGGUAGACAGGACACGCUCAAUGAAACCAGCUUUGGAUCCACGUUUCGAAGACAUACUCAGGAACUCAACUCGACGGCUCUCUACGAAUUACCGAGCGAAGAGACCACGAGGCCGACUUGAGGCGGAUAGAUUGUAAGUAAUUUUUGAGAAAGAUCUCGAGAAAUACAAGGGGAAAAGAAAAAAGAUGUUAACAAGUCGAUAAUCAAGGACCAUUAGAUUGGAAAUAAGAUAUAUUUACGAUGAAUACUUCAUUUAUGCGAUACUGUAAAAGUAUGCAAGGACUGGGAACGAAACGUGAAUAAGUCAAAUUCUUCGUUCAUCAUUUUUUUAUUUAAUCGAAUACCGACCUAAGAACGUUAAGAAAAACGUAGAUUAAGAAUUUUCAACGUUGUUAAGGUUACCGACAAUUAGAUCUAGAAUGAAGAUAUUUUAAUUGAAGGCCAAUUCUAUCUAGGAAUUUGUCCUCGAUAGCCACCGACACUUUCGACCAAUUUCCUCGAGUUCUGACAUGCCUGUGUAUACCAAAACAGGUACAAUAAUACAAGCAACAAUAAUACGGACAAUAGAACGGUUUCCUCGAGGCGGACGGUAAUCAACAUUCUAUUCACUUUGAACAAUUAUCUUUCAAUCGAUUGAUUGAUUAUCGGCUAUGGAUUUAGGCUAUAAUCUCUCAAAAACGCACCAAUACCGAAGGAUACCGAUCGAUCUUAGGAUAAACUCUAAAUUCUCUACAAAAUUGACGCGAGAGAGACGAUCGCUAUUAUCGGAUUCAGAGUUGAGCGAUACGAAAGAGUUAAUUCAACGCGGCCUCUGUCGAUACUUACGACUAAUCCCACCCCAUUUUCCCCCCUUCCUCUCUCCCUCCCUCCCUCCUCCCUUUACCACCACAUAUAUAUAUAUAUAUAUAUUCAUCGAUCUCGGAUGAAAGGGCUCAAUGAAUUGUAUCGCAGAGAACUAAACAAUACAACAAGAGAAGAGAGAGGAUUCCCAGGCGUUAUUGAAUGCGCGACGCGAGAGAUUUAAUUAGAGUGGCGAAUGGAAGGGAUAUCUGUGCAUUAAUUGUGUUCUGGCUUGACGACCUUGCCCCCUUCGCCUGUUAAUCGGGAAUUCCUGUUUGACGUGCACCCCUGUUAACAAGAUUUCCAGUAUCGCGCAACUAUUGGCCGCGUUUCCCUGGACGUGGUAGACGUUCCCGUCGUUCAGAUAACGCCUGGACGUCUUCUCGAUACCCGUAUUAUAACCGUAAUUAGGCCACGCAUCGACGAAAGCGUUUCCAAACGAAUCGAUACAAGGCACGAAUUAUGUAUCGCGUUAAACCUGCCGGACCCGACCAAUCGUGCCAUGCGACUCUCCUUUUCUUUGCGCGUGUGUGCGUAUAUGCGUGCGCGUGUGUGUGUGGCUCGAAUAAAAAUUCAUUUAAUCGGACCAGAGCUGGUUUGUUAUUCCCAUUGAGGCGAGAAGGUAACGCGAGGACGACUCGUUGCACGGAGUGCAAAUAAACGAAUCGGAUCCGCAGCCACUUCGUGUUUUAUUAUUCAUCGUUGCAAAGAUUGAGAAUGAAAAACAAAUCGAGAAUUCCUCUUAAUAGUGGCACGUAGUAGUGUAAAACGGAGGCGCGAUCGAUACGAGGCGAGUAAAAAGAUUAUCUUCCUUUCUACGCUUUCAAUUUCCACGAGGGACUCGUCCUUUACCAUAUCCUAUAAUUUGCUGUUUUCAUACUAUACUUUGGUGAAAAUCGGUGGGAAGCAAGAUUUAUCUGUCCGGGAACGGAUAUCGUUUCCACGGCUGCUAUUCCAGCUACUCGUAACGUAUUCCGUUUGGAGGAAGGGGCGCGUGGCAACCGUUUUUAUCGGGCACAGGGCACGCGUCGAGCAAACAGGGGUUCUCGGUACAAUGGUACACGCAUCUGCAGGGAAGGGAGAGCCAUUGCCCCAUGCAAGGGGCACAUUUCCAAGGGUUCCGAAACAGGGAACUGGAGAGGGUGAAGCCAUGGCAAACCGUCACCCUCGCAAUAGACUCUGUUGGAACAAGGGUCUUUCGCUACGAUUUCGACGUGGUUAGUCGAUGUCGAUCGACGCCAGUCAACGGUCUUGCUGAUUACCGGGCUACCGUAUUCGGUGAAAGUUCUUUCGGGGAGAGAGUCGAAAAGGAGAGACUGAGGGCGGACAAAAGGGGCCAUUAAUUCCGAGGGGGAACUGUUCUUAUCCGAGGAGCAAGAAAGAAGCUGAGAGGCUUAAGCGAAGAGGAAGGAAUUAUUUUUGAUCACUCUGUUGCUUUGUGCCCGUUUGUGAAAGGUCUUUUGGUGGAUCGAUGGUGAAGUUCCUUCGAGUUUUGUUAGAAUUACGGAAAAGAUGAAAAGAUACUCGUCGGUAAGUGAUUUUAUAAUCGCAAGUCUCGCGCAAAUUCGAGAUUGCUUUUGAUCGUAUUCUUUUGGUGUGGAAUAGGCACCCUGUUUGGUGGAUGGAAACGGCGACAGCAAGAAGGCAAAGUCAGUAGAGGAGCCAAAUGCCAGGGAGUACUUGCAGUUGGCGCUGGCAAGAGUGUUGGAAUUGCAACGAGAGAUCAAAGAGGGAACGUACACGUCAGAUCGUACCAGCGAUCUCGGUAAGUAAUUUAUUCGGUAAAUUCACCGCCUAUUUCUCUUGUCCCGACUUCUUCGAGAAAUCUUCUCCAAGAUCGAGCUUCUAAUAAAAACUUGGACAAUAUUAAUUACUUCGUGUCCGCGCUUCUAAUUUCUCGCGAUAAAUUGAAUAGGAAAGUCGGAGGAAUUAACAGUUGGAAAUCUUUCUCGCCAGGUGAAUCCAGUAGCGAGGAAGACCUGACAAAGGAAGUUAUUCGCAAAGUAUUCGAGGAACUGCCGGGGACACCCGACACGGUUGGAAAAAUAGUGGAGAGGAUGACUAAGCCGAACAAUUCUCAAUUGGACGCGAUUCAUGGUAAAAGAAUUCAACUGUUGGGUUACGAUACGUGCCGUAGAACUGCAAUCGAGUUCAUGAAGAAUGCAGUUCGCGAAACUCGACGCGAUGCAACAACAAAAUCGUUUCAAUCAGGGUUUCGUCUGGGGACUUACUCGAGGAACGAACCGAGGAUGGCGCAUCGUAGGACCGGUUUGAGAAAAAGUUCAAUUUGCGAUCAAGAGAUUCAUAACAGGAUGCUAAGGAGCUUGGAUCUGCACUUGGCCAAUAAACAAAGAGAUUACACGGCCAAGUUGAUGAGAUUGGGCAUGUAAGAUGAACGCUAAUAGGAUUUUCCUGUAUCUUAUCGUGUUUCGUUCCAAUCGCAAUGAAACUUUUUGGAAUAUUUUUAUUUUUAUCUUCCUCUAUUAAUAUAUAAUUAAGAAUUUUUUUCCAAGUUUUCAUCAGGAUUUUUGUAUGUUUAACGAUGUUUGAUCUAGUCAGAUUUAUAGAGAGUUGUAUCUUAGGAAAUCACUCUAGUCAUGUCCAUUCUAGUCAUCGAAUGUUGAUCGUGAAAGUUGAGAGUCACGAUAUGAAUUAUUUUUCUAUGAUAUAUGUAUACAAAAUGUGUGAAUUAUAAAUCAGCUUAAAAUUAAAUUGAGAAGAUUAUUUCGUGAAUGAUAAUUUGUGUACUUGAGAAUUCAGGUCAUGACUUCGUCGACUUUUUGUAAAAAAACGUUUAUUUAUAAUGUAUAAUUAAAAAAAAAAAAAGAAAGAAAGGGAAUAAAACAAGAAAUUUUAAAGAUAUCUACAAUACGAUCUAAACACCUAAAUGCUCCAUAAUCUUCCAUUUCGUCUCUCAGAAAAAUAGAAAAUAAAAAUAAAUGUCAAAAUGUUCGCCAAUGAAUAGACUAGAUGAUUUUUUUUAUUUAUUUUGUGAAAAUCAAAGAGAAACAAUUUCUGUUCGGGGUAAAAACAUUUUUUUAAUUUUUAUAAAAAAAUAAUUUCCCCAUUUUCUUUUCUUGUCUCUCUUAUCGUUUCGUAAUAAAUAGACCCGUACAGCUUCUUUCUUUUUCAUUCUAAUUCACAUUCUGCAUUCGUGAAUCCUCGAGGAUGUUUUACAGCAAAUGCUCGAAGAUUUCCACGUGAUGCCUAAUGAAAUAUUAUGCUCAUUUAUGCGGUUUACUAAUAUACAUUUACUAAUAUACAAUCCUAACCGAAACGCAGCAAUCGACGAAAAAACGCGCCUCUCGUAUAAAGCAAUUGUCGACUGUUUCUCGCGUUCUCACAGUGAAAAAUACUUUUUUAAAAGACAAUACGCUAUUAACAAUUAUCCUAAUGUGCGUAAAAAUUCAUGUUUACCUAUUAUUUUUCUAAUCUACGAACAAAAUAUUUGUCAUUUAUUUGUUAAUAAAGAUAUCGUUAAUUUAAUUAAUAAUUAAAUUUCAUAUAUGCUAUAGUUUCAAUUGUCUAUUAGAAAUUCUUACGUCAUUGAAAUUUCGAAAUAUAAAAUGAUCAUUUUAGGAACUAAGAAAAUGUCAUAAGCUUAAAUUCUAUGAUCUAAAUAGUAUGAAAAUAUGAAAUAUCUUUCCUAUAUUCGUUGCACUAAUAUUUAUUCUGAAAUUAAAAUACGAGAUGAUACGAGAGACCGUGCUUCGCAUCCCCUACAAUUCAAUCUUAUCUGCCUUUUCACAUUUAAAUGUACAAUUAAAAUAUUUGUCGUAUAAUCUACUUCCUACGAUAUAUAACUAAUACAAUAUUGUUUAGAUAUAUAAUUCCUAAUAAAACUAAAUGUAUAUAGAGGGCUCCGCAGCAGGAUAUAGAAUUGCUGCCAAUGAGAACAAAAUUCUCGAAGAAAAAUUGAGUGUCAAAGAAUUUCUCGUCAACAAAACUGGAUAAUCGAAAACCGAAAUCAUCAUUCUGAAUAGAAUUAAUAUUAAAUUAUUGGAGAAUUAUUCGAUCCUGUUUUCUUUUUUUUCUUUUUUUCUUUUCUUUCUUUUUUCCUUUUUUUUUUUUUACUCCACGAUAUCGGCAAAUAUAUCAAUUGACUUUACUGGAUUAAUUUAAAUUAAAACGAUAAGAUAUCUUAAAACGAUCUACGUACAUUCUAAAAUUAUUUUCAAUUAAUUUUUUCGUAUAUUUCAAUUUUAAUCCCCAUUCUAUCUAAAUUUAAUCAAAAUUUCAAAAUAUCAGUAUUAAAAUCUGAAAUUGCAACCGAACAGAGAUCGAAUUUUCGACGAGAUCGUGGA